CUGAAUUUGAAAGAAGAAGCAAAAUGAAGACUUUUAUAAUAGUCUCCCUCCUAUCUUGUGUUCUUGCUAUGCCACCUACAGGUUGGCCUAUUUCUGUUGAUAUGGGUUGCAGUAAGUAUAUCUCUGCAGUUGCUUGCUCUUUUGAGUUUACCAACAUUGCAAACGAGGCUCUUUAUCUAUUGAAACGUGGUACACCUCUUGAAGGACUCUUCUCUCAAUUUCUCACCGUCUCUGUUGCUGGUAGUCCUGUUGAAUAUGAUGGGCCAUUUGUUUUCUAUACUCCUCUUACAAAGGAUGAGUUUGUUCUCUUGAAGGCAGGUGAAAGAAUUUCUGCGUCAGUCCAAAUCACUGAUGCAUUUAGCAUUGAUACUGAUGGUCUCUACACUGUACAGUACAGUAAGCCUUUACUGUAUCUGUCAGUGAAUGAGAUGAGUGAACUGUCUAAUGGCCAAUUAAGGGAAUCAACAGUACAGGAAUCUAUUCACAUCUAUUUGGAGGACACUCAUGCUCUCCUAAAACCAAGGAGGCCAAAGGAAACUGAUAAAAUUGACUACACUGUUAACAUUGAAUCCUGCAGCACUGCUAGCUUUACUGGCAGUAAAAACAACAGUGGAACACUGGAUGCUCAUAAGAGGCUCUGUGCCGGAAUUGAUAAAGUUAAAGGUAAACUUAAAAACAACAAACUCUACAGAACCUGGUUUGGUGCAUAUGACGCUAGCAGGUUUACUACAGUAUCAAAUGUAUACAACUACAUGAGGAAUGGAUUGGCUUCAAAAUCAGUUAGAUAUUACAACAAUGGCCCAUCAUGCAAGUCCAACUGGGUAGCUUAUACUUACAGAUCAUACUCAGGCACUACUGUGUAUCUUUGCAAUUCGUUCUAUAAGUAUCCAACAGCCUGCAGGGGUACAAAAUAUACUAAGGAACGUGUUCUCCUUCAUGAAUGGGCUCAUGCUCUAGGUGGUCGUAGUGAUGAAGCUUAUUAUGCUGAUAAUUGCAAGAAAUUAGCAAAGAAUGAGCCAGCUAGAGCCAUUAAAAAUGCUGACAGCUUUAGUUUCCAUUACUGUAAAAGUCAGUAAGCUGAUCAAGUCAAGCCAAGAACAUUAUACAGAAAUCAUGCAACACUAUAGGCCAUGUACUUUUCUUUAAUAAUAAUAAAUUAAUUUACUAUAAUACUUUCCACAUUUUAGAAUUGUUCUUUGGCUUCAAUAAUAAAAUUUCAAAUAUU